AUGGCCCAUGACGCAGCCAGCCCCGACGCGCGCCUGGUCCACCUCGGGAUGAAGAGGCCGUAUCGCCUUUUUGCUUCCACCACUCUUCCUGCAGGAAUGAACCCACACAAGAAAUCCAAGCCAAACACCGAGGCUACCGCCGACGCACCCGACAAGGGCCCAGAAGUUCCACCUGAUGCCAGCACUACCGGCACUACUCCCAGUGGUAGUGAAAUCUUGCCAGGUGUGCCUUCAGGUACAUCGAUAGCUGAUUCAAUACCUUCAGUUGGCUCCACAACGCCAACGGCUUCUGGGACACAAACACCACGAGGCAAGAGGUGGCUUUCAGGCUCGGGCAGUUGGCGGUCGAAAGCGCCUGCCAUAGUCAAGACUGCAAAGGAAAGCAUCGGCGUUAGUGGGGGCGCGACAGGCGAGCUACCGGACGACGAAGCAAAGAAACCCAAGGACGAAUCGCCCAAAAAGUUCCUCACCAAGCGAAAGUCGAGCAAGGGCGAUGCCAUACCCGCCUCCAUCACCCAGGUCAAUGUAUCCUCGGACGGCCUCCUAGACGAACCUCCAAAACCGAACCCAAAGGACGUUGAAGAGACACCAGCCCCCCAAGUCAACGAACCGCCAUUACCCCCCGAACCGCCUAAAUCACAAGUAGAUGCAGCUGCUAGCACAUGGGGCUGGAGAAGUUGGUGGUCACGACCUGAUGGGUAUGCGGACCCAGGGAAGGCCAGAAGUGAGGCACACUCAAGUAUUGAGGAGGCUUCCACUACGCCAUUACCCGGGCCGACACCCUCAGAAGAACCAGAUGCGCAAACAAAGGGUCUAGACGUGGGUGCCAUUCCAUCUAUGGUUGAUCAAGUGGCGGAUACAGAGAACAAGGAUGCGUCAACGGAGGCAGCGCCGCGUCCAGACACGGAGACGAAGGCUACGCCGUCCACAACUGCUAAAGUCCUGGCAAGAGCAUCUGGUUCUUGGUUCUGGACAUGGAGUAGUGCACAGAACGCGCAAGCGAACCCUCCUCCCGUCGAUCCUCCAGCUCAAGUUAGCAACGCGCCGAAAGUUGAUGUGGUGCCUGAGGCCCUACCAGAAGCACCCGUCGAGACAGAGACGCCUGCCCCACAAGAAACUCCCGCAACCGCAGACCCAGCUACGCCUACCGAAACUGCUCAGAAGAAUACCACAGGGUCGUCAAAGACCUCCGCAUGGGCGUUCUGGUAUAGGGGCAAACCAGAGGACGAAAAGAAACCGGGCGAGUCUGGACCACAGAAGCAUGUGGGCGAGGUGGCAGUGUUUGAUACUCCUUCGCAAUCAAACCCAGAAGCGGCGCAAUUCAACGAGCAGGAGCAGUCCAAGUCAGAUGCGGACACACCCAAAGAACCACAACAACCACCGAAAGAUGAGCCAGCCUCCAAGAAAUCCUUCGCUUCAUUACGGGGGCGACCGAAGUCCAAGACUUCCGCGAAAAACACGCCAGCAGAUACCCCCACGUCAAGCAAGACUGCCACGCCGACCAAAGCCUCACCAGUGCUCGAGCCUACAAGACCUGAGACAGCAGCUACUGCUAAACAAGCAUCAAAACAGUUGGCAAAGGCUAAACAAGGACCGCCAAACCUCCUGCUGCCAGAAUUUAGAACCACCUACCAAAUGGUCCAGCAACCGAACUUCUGGAAGCAGAUCCGUCAAUACUUUCUCGGAGGUGAAGCUGCGACACCUCACCUGCACAUCAAUCCGGCACCACCAAGAAUUAAAAAGGCUGUAGCAAUUGGCGUACAUGGGUUUUUUCCUGCGCCCAUUAUCCAAAAGGUGCUAGGGCAGCCGACAGGUACAUCGAUACGCUUUGCCAAUGCCGCGGCUGCAGCGAUCAAGGACUGGUCUGAAGCGCGAGGGUACAGUCCAGAGAUCGAGCAGAUAGCAUUAGAAGGGGAGGGCUUUAUUGCCGAGCGGGUAAACUCCCUAUGGAAGCUCUUGUUGAACUGGAUUGAUCAUCUGAAGCAAGCUGACUUCAUCUUGGUCGCUUGUCACUCGCAGGGUGUUCCGGUAGCUAUGAUGCUUGUCGCGAAGCUCAUACAAUUCGGCUGUGUCAACGCGACGAGGAUCGGAGUAUGCGCUAUGGCUGGCGUCAACAUGGGUCCAUUUAUCGAGUACAAGACAAAGUACUUUGGUCCUACAGCUGCUGAAUUGUUCGAGUUCUCGAAUCCUAAGAGUCUGGUCAGCCAGAUGUACCUCGCCGCUCUAGAUGAAGUCCUCCGGUUCGGUGUGCGGAUAUUGUACGUUGGUAGCAUCGACGACCAGCUUGUCUCUCUCGAGUCGUCAACCUUCUCAACACUCUCGCAUCCUUACAUCUACCGCGCCGUCUUCGUCGAUGGUCGCAUUCAUGCGCCGGACUUUCUCACCCAUCUUGUUGGCUUCGCGCUGAAGCUGCGCAACUUGGGUCUUCCUGACCACGGCCUCAUCCGCGAACUAUCGCCCGCCCUAGCAGGUUCCUUGUAUGGCGGUGAGGGUCACUCUCGCGUCUAUGAAGACCCUGUUAUCUACUCCCUCGCCGUUCAGCAUGCUCUCGAAACAACAUCUCUCCCGAUCCCAACGACCAAAGAACGACCAAGCACCGCGGGCAGUUUUCAGGGCAUCAACAUUCCCAUUAUUGGCGAGAAGCUCGCGAACAACAGCAAAAAGGAAGAUGUCUACAAGCUUCGGGUGAAGGACUAUGAGCCAUCUGCUACCACGACGAAUCCGAACCCUUUCUUCCUACCAUGGGCGAUGAGGGGAUUGCUAGAAGAAGACUUCGUCAAGAAAGAACUUGGAGACGAGGUCGAAGAGUUACUCGGCAUGUUCGAGGCGUGGAAGCCAACUGGGAAACAGCUCAAGGAUGUCAAGUUUAGACUCGAGGGGGUGAGGAGUAAGCUCUAA